CUAUCAAGCAGAGGAAAAUGUCUGGUCGUGGCAAGGGAGGUAAGGGGCUCGGGAAAGGUGGCGCCAAACGUCACCGCAAAGUUCUCCGUGAUAACAUCCAGGGCAUCACCAAGCCCGCAAUCCGCCGUCUGGCUCGCCGUGGCGGCGUCAAGCGUAUAUCCGGUCUCAUCUACGAGGAGACUCGCGGGGUGCUCAAGGUUUUCCUGGAGAACGUCAUCCGCGACGCCGUCACCUACACUGAGCACGCCAAGAGGAAGACCGUUACCGCCAUGGACGUGGUGUAUGCUCUCAAGAGGCAGGGCCGCACUCUCUACGGCUUCGGAGGCUAAACAGGACCGACACCGCUCAACAACACAAAGGCUCUUUUAAGAGCCACUCACUUUAAUUUACAGAGCUGCUGUCCUUAUUUCUAUCACAUACAACUUGAAUCAUUUCAUUAUCUUAUUAAAAUUAUGCACAUAUUAAACCAUAUAAGUAAAUAAAUUGUAAGCAGUAUUAUGUUCUACAUGCUACUUCAGAU